AUGCCUCCUGAGGAUUUGGUUGAUAAACGCAUGUCCAAGUUCAAAAAUCGAGGAAAGGAUUCCAUGAAAAUGCGUGAGCGCAGGGUUGCGGAGUGUGUGGAGCUUCGGAAAGCGCACCGAGUUGAAAGCAUCCUGAAAAGGAGAAAUAUUUCUUCUCCGCCCAAUGAAGAACACCUGUCUCCAGAAUACGACACUGACAACCAACAGGUCACCUCAGCAACAAUUCAAGAAAUCAUUGGUAAUAUUAACAGUGACUGUGCAGAGCGACAGGUACGGGGUUGUCAAGUGGCCAGGAAGCUGCUGUCUCGUGAGCGGAACCCUCCAUUAAAAGAAAUAGUGGGUGCUGGCUUACUGGACAGAUUUGUAGAGUUUCUGGGUAGGAAUGAUAACCCUACUCUGCAGUUUGAGGCUGCCUGGUCACUCACCAAUGUGGCCUCAGGCACCUCCUGGCACACUCGGCAGGUGGUGGAAUGUGGUGCGGUUCCUGCCUUCAUUUCCCUUUUGGCCUCGCCCAUGUUAAACAUAAGUGAGCAGGCUGUCUGGGCCCUGGGCAAUAUUGCAGGUGAUGGCCCAGCAUAUCGUGAUGUACUUAUUGACUGCAAUGUGAUACCUGCACUACUGGCUCGGGUAACCCCAGAUAUCCCUGUUGGCUAUCUCCGCAACCUGACAUGGACCCUCUCAAACCUGUGCAGGAACAAGAAUCCUUUCCCUCGUUUUUCUGCAGUCCAGCAGAUGCUUCCCUCCAUUGUACAGCUGCUUCACCAUAGUGAUAAAUCUGUUCUAUCUGAUGCAUGCUGGGCCAUCUCCUACCUUACAGAUGGGCCAAAUGAGCGUAUUGACAUUGUAAUAAAGACUGGGGUUCUUUCGCGGCUGGUUGAGCUACUGGGCUUUGACGCACUUGCAGUAGUGACUCCAGCACUCCGUUCCAUUGGGAAUGUUGUGAGUGGUUCAGACCUGCAGACACAGAUGGCCAUUGAUGCUGGUGUGCUAAAUGCCUUGCCAAAACUAAUGCAUCACCCCAAACCCAGCAUCCAAAAAGAGGCAGCCUGGGCUGUAUCCAACAUUGCAGCUGGACCACGCCAACAGAUUCAGCAACUAAUAACAUGUGGUCUACUGCCUCAUCUUGUGGAUCUUCUAAAGAAUGCUGACUUUAAAACUCAGCGAGAAGCUGUCUGGGCUGUCACAAACUAUACCAGUGGAGGAACAGUGGACCAGGUUGUGCAGCUUGUUAAGUGUGGAGGUCUGGAAGCAAUCCUACCUUUACUGAAGGUGAAGGAUUCCAAGACAAUCCUGGUCAUCUUGGAUGCAAUCAAUAACAUUUUCUUGGCUGCUGAGAAGCUUGGAGAGGUUGAAAAGCUUUGUUUGCUUGUGGAAGAGUUGGGUGGGCUGGAUCACAUAGAAAUGCUCCAGAAUCAUGAAAACGAUGCUGUAUAUCGUACUGCCCAAACACUUAUCGAAAAGUACUUCAGUGAGGCUGGUGAAGAUGAAUGCCUGAAGACUGAGGCUACUGAAACGGACUUUGUUUUUGGGCCAGCUGAGGUCCAGGGGAGAUUUGACUUCUGA